GCUCUUUUCUAUUUUGAUCCUGCUAAAAAGGAAACAUUUUUCCCAAUCUGCUGAUUAAAUCCCCCAUUCCUGUAAUUUCUUUCUUAAAAAAUAAUUCAAGUUUCUAAUUUCUUUGAUUUUUUUUUUUUUUUAACAAAAAAUACAUCUUUCAAAGGAUGGCAAAAAGUGGAUUCUUUUGUUCUUAGUUUGACUCAAAAUUAUCUGAUCUUUUUUUCUCUCUUUUUUUCUGCAUAAAUUUCUCAGAUUCUGACACAUAUGGAAAAGGGUCCAAUAUCCAAGCCCCAUGCUCCAUUUGGGCUUUUGUCCUCUUUGCCCUAAUCUUCUUCUUUUACUUUGUCUCCUCCCUCUUCACACCCUCUUCUGUGUUUGGCUGUAGGACCCCACCAGGAAAAGCCCACUCCAGGUUGGUGAAACCCCCAAAGAAGCUCCCUUCUGCAUUCAUAUCUUUUUAUUUCUUCUUUUGUUUCCAUGCAUGUGUUUUAUAUUUCCAUUUUUUUGUAACACAUCACUUGUUUUUAGUGGUUCUAGAGUUGGCCCACUUUGUCACAAAUCUCCUUUUCCUAAUCCAUAUUCACCAAUUCCUUGAUGCUCUAACCCUAUUCAGGAUAAGAGGAAGCUGCUGCUGCUGCUGCUGCUGCUUCUUCUUGAAGUGCUUUUCUAGUGGAAUAAAAUACCCAUUAUUUGUGCCUCUUGUAUAUCAAUCUUGUUCUUUCGCAGUUUCGCCUAAAUAAGAUUGUUCUCCUAUAUCCAUCUUAGGUAUAAAAGGAUGAGUUGAGAUAUAUAGAUGAUGCAUUUUAUUCUUAUCUUGCGCGUUAAGCCGUCGCGGAAUAUGGCGCGCAACUAGUCGCGUAUUCGCCACCCUUUAUCCGCUUUGAAAUAGAUAGUAGUUGUUGUUGUAUGACCACUUGCUCUUCUGAAUUCCUCGUUGUCGCCGUCUCUUCUCUCGUUCGAAGCGUAAUCCGAUUACGUUGCGCCCGUAAAUGAACACCAAGAGGGUCGCGUUCUCUGAUCGCAACUAUGGAUCGUUAAACGAUUCUUCUCAUGGAACUCUCAAUCCUAAGCAUUGUUAUGCUUAUUAUACUCCUCAGCAGUGUAAUCCAAACUCGUUUAGUUCACUGCUGCCUACGACUGGUUCAAACUGCGUUGGAUCGACGCCUGCCGCGUUUUAUGCCGCGGAGCAGCUUUUGGGUAUUCCUCAAUUUGAGUACCAAAUCGGGGAUGUUCCGCCACCCUGUAGAUUGCCGAGGAGAUCUUCGGAAAGUGGUUUGAGUCGGCGUCCUGAUGCGUACUUUUGCAAUAACUCGGUGAAAAAUUAUGAUCACGGUCUUCAUGCAACCAACGAGUUAUUAUCGGUCGUGAAGUUCCCCUUUCAAGAAAGUAGGAAUUCGAGGGCUCUCGGUAAUUUUGAUGGAUUUUUAUGUAGAAGUCGUCCGGAGGAUGAGCUUCAGCCGAUUCUGCACCGACAGGAAGCGAGUCGUAAUACUACUGUUGGAUGCAACGCGUCGAGCUCUUUGGCGGAGAAGCCUAACCAACUAGUGACGAACUCAGCGGGUAGUUCUUCGAAUGUUCCGUCGAAUUUGACCGUCCAAAACAAAACGAGGAUUAGGUGGACACAGGACCUCCACGAGCGGUUCGUCGAAUGCGUAAAUCGACUAGGCGGUGCCGAGAAGGCGACACCGAAGGGGAUUUUGAACCUGAUGAAGUACGAAGGUUUAACCAUAUAUCACAUAAAGAGCCAUUUGCAGAAGUACCGCAUUGCGAAGAACAUACCGGAACAGACAGAAGGGAGAAAUGACAGAAGAACUGUCGACGACAUACAACAGCUUGACCCGAAAACUGGCGUCGAUAUCACUGAAGCUUUGCGGAUUCAGUUAGAUGUUCAGAGGCAGCUUCAUGAGCAACUUGAGGUUCAGCGAGAGCUGCAGCUGAGGAUAGAAGCGCAAGGAAGGAAGCUUCAGCAGAUGUUCGAGCAGCAAAUGAAAACAAGCAGGGACAUCGUCGAGAACCAAAACUACGACAUGCUUUUCCCCGACGAUGCACAAGUAACGCUCGACGACGCUCAAAUAUCGGUUCUCGGCGGCGGCAGUUCUGAGAACAGCGAUUUCAUGUCGAAAAUCGAUUAGGCUUUUGAUGCUUGCGGAAAGUCCACAGUUUACGGAAAAUUAAUGGGCUUUGUGUGCAUAGAAAGUACCAGUUGCUAGCUCUUUUGAUCUUUUCAGGUGUAAUUAUUUAUGUGUCGAGUGCAAUUGAAUUCAAGAUAUGAGAAAGAAUAAUAUCCAUGUUCUGUCAAAACACUUCGGGCCGGUUUAGAUGUCGACGGAGUUACCGCGCCCUGCGAGGGUUUUCUUUUGUGAUUGCAA